AUGGAUAAAAAGACGUAUAGAAAAUAUAAACGAAGGAUUACUAAAACUAAAGCUUUAGUCGAUAAUAAGCCUCCAAAAUUUGAAGUAUCUGCAUAUUAUAAACCGUAUAUUAUGAGAAAUGAGAAGAAUCGAAUACUACAACUCGACAAAGAAAAUAUGAAAUUACUAAGGCAGAUGAAUAUAAUUACUCGAUUAGGAGCAAGUAUAACAAAUUUUGUUUUUAUAACAAAUUUUGGAACUGUUGAUUGUUGGUUACCAAAAAUAAAAUAUAAAUCAAAGAUGGAUAAUCAGGAAGUACGAAAUAAACAACUUAUGAAAGAAAAUAAACGAUUAUUACGAAAAAUUCGUGGAGCAAGUAGUAAUUAUCCUACUGCAGAAUAUCAGGAAGAACUUACAAUACAUACCAUUGGAUUAGAAUCACAUCAAGAUCAUUGCAUGAUUAGAGAUUUAUCAUUACUAAAAGAUAUGAAUCCAUCUAUCCGAACCAAAUGUUUUUUUGAAAUUGAAAUUCAGGGAGAUCAGAAAUUAGGAUCUAUUCAGUUUGAACUUUAUGAUGAUGUUGUACCCCGGACAUGUGCAAAUUUUGCGGAAUUGUGUCAUGGAUAUAAUAGUUUGUCUUUCAAAAACACACCAUUUCAUCGAAUUGUAUCUGGUUAUUGGUGUCAAGGUGGAGAUGUUACAAAGUUUGACGGAAGUGGAGGAAGAUCCAUAUAUGGUGAAUCAUUUAAGCAUGAGAAUUAUAAUUUACGUCAUGCUGGCCCUGGAAUUUUGUCCAUGUGUAAUGAAACUGAAAAUACAAGCAAUUCCAAAUUUAAUCUUACUUUUAGAAAAUUGGAAACAGUAAAUAGAAAGAAUGUAGUUUUUGGAAAAGUUAUUGCAGGUCUCUCAAAUAUUUAUAAGAUUGAAGAAUUUGGUACAAAAACAGGAAAACCAUUUAAAACAAUAAUUAUAUCCAAUUGUGGUAUUCUAUCAAGACAUAAAUAGAAAAAGAUUAAGUAAGACAUAAAAAAUUCAUUUAAUUGUUAAGAUGCAGAAUAUUUUAAUGAUAUGUUAUAAAUAGUAUUAUUUUGUUUUACAUAGAAAAGUGUAACUAUAUUA